AAAGGAGCCGCCGCGCGCCCUCGACGACCCCUACUAACACCCUCAGCAAGAUCCUACGAUGUCGACCCAGACUUCAAAUUUCAAGCGAUUCGUCGAGGUUGGACGAGUUGUCCUCCUCAAUGAGGGUGCUUUCUCUGGCAAGAUCGCCGUCAUCACUGAAAUCAUCGACCAGAACCGGGUAAUCAUCGACGGCCCAACAACCGACGUCCCCCGCCAGCCCUUCCCCCUCAAGCACGUCGUCCUCACCUCGCUCCAACUCACCGGCCUCCCCCGCGGCGCUGGCACCGGCGUCGUCAGGAAGCUCGUCGAGAAGGAGGCCAUCGUCGACAAGUGGAACAAGUCCGCCUGGGCACAAAAGAGGGAGGCCAUCGCCAAGAGGAAGUCCUUGAACGACUUUGACCGAUUCAAGAUCCUUAUUGCUAAGAAGCAGCGGAGGGAUUUGGUUAGGAAGGCUCUUAAGGCUUCGGCAUAAGGUGUUGGUGUGUGAGAGGUGGGGAGAAGAGGAGGAGGAGGAGGAGGAGGAGAGAGGACAAAAAUCACGUCGUUGGAGAUCGAGCGCUUGUGUUUUUCUUUUUGUAUUCAUGCAGCAUUUUGUAUGUUUCGCCACGCCUCUUUUUUCUAUGCUAUGCGCUAUGAUCUCCUGCUU